AUGAAUCGAAGAGGUCAUUCAUCUUAUAACAAACACAGAGAACGAUUGAAGGGAAAGCUUUUUAAUCGUAAUCAAGAACGCGAUGAUAAUGAAUCCAGCGAUCAAGCUGAAAGUACUCAUAGAUUUCAAAGACAUCCACCAGGAUUAAAAGGCAGAGAGAUUGGUUUGUGGUAUGCUCGAAGAAAUAAAAAUUUAGAAAACAGAGAAAGUAAUUUUCUUCCCGGUCCAAAUGUAUCUUUGCCUCAUCAAAAACUUUUAGAACUGCAAGAAGUUAUUAAAGAAAGCACAUCUAACGUGACACAGUCUUCAGCAUAUCAAAGUUUCUUAAAUGAGUUUGAACGACACAGACAAAUGGAUUUCCUUCAACUUCUUUCAAAUUUUAAACCAUCAGAAAAUGAUUCUGAAUGCGACAGAACAAAUGAAAUGCUUCGUGAUGAAUUUCUUACUACACUUUCAACUGAAGCAUAUUCAGUGAUGUUACAACAACGUUUGAAACUUCCAGCAAAUAACCAAAAACGUGAAAUCAUCGAAACAAUUGAGAGAAACCAAAUCGUUCUCAUUGCGGGUAACACAGGAUGUGGAAAGACAACGCAAGUCGCUCAAUAUAUUCUUGAUGAUGCUUUAAUGAACUUGAAAGGAAGUCGAACAAAAAUUCUUUGCACUCAGCCACGUAGAAUUGCAGCUGUAAGCAUUGCUGAACGAGUAGCGGCGGAAAGAGCAGAAAGACUUGGCAUUUCAACUGGUUAUCAAAUUCGAUUAGAAAAAGUUUCUCCUAGAGAACGCGGCAGCAUUUUAUUUUGUACGACUGGAAUUUUGAUGAGUUUCCUCGAAAGUGAUCCGACAAUAAGCAAAUACAGUCACAUAAUUAUUGAUGAAAUUCAUGAGAGAAAUGUCAUCACCGACAUCUGUAUGGCUGUUAUUAAGAAAAUUGCUGAGCAUCGGAAAGAUUUAAAAAUAAUUCUCAUGUCAGCAACAUUGAAUGCUGAAAAGUUCUCACAAUAUUUUAACGAUUGUCCAAUUGUACAUAUCGAAGGUUUCACUUUUCCAGUUGAAGAACUUUAUCUAGAAGAUGUUCUCGAAGAAACUGAAUUUGAUAAUUUCAAGCCAAUGACAAAGAAUGAACCAGUAUGGGUGAGAACGAAGAACAAGAAAAAUAGAAACGAAGCUGAAGAAAAAUUUAACUUGAUAGUUGGAAAUUAUGCGUCAUCAUUGAGAGGAAAAUAUUCGUCGAAAACAAUUGAAAAUCUUUUAAAUUCAAACACUGAGGCCAUUGACAUAAAUUUCAUUGAACAUUUAAUUCGUCACAUUUCAUAUUCGAAAGCUUCUGGUGCUAUUCUCGUCAUUUUACCAGGCUACACAACAAUUUCAAAACUUUAUGAAAGUCUUCAGAAAUCUCCAAAUUUUCCAUCAUCUAAUUUCAUUAUUUAUCCACUUCACUCGAUGUUAACUGGCAGUGAUCAAAAGAACAUUUUCAAACGACCACCUGAAGGUGUCAGAAAGAUAAUUUUGUCAACACCUUUAGCAGAGACAAGCAUUACAAUUGAUGACGUUGUUUAUGUUAUUAAUGCUGGAAAGAUGCGAAAACCUUAUUUUGAUUUCGAGACGAAUGCAACAGUCUUGGAAGAUCAAUGGAUAACAAAAGCAAAUGAGACUCAACGCAAGGGUAGAGCUGGACGUGUUCAAGAAGGAAUUUGUUAUCAUCUUUACAGCCGUGCAAGAUCAAAUACUUUGGAAGAGUUUGAAGAGCCGGAAGUUCUUCGAAUUCGUCUUGAAGAAAUGAUUUUAACACUCAAAGUUUUGUGCAUAAAAGAUGUGAAAAGUUUUAUGUCAACAUUAAUUGAUGUACCAAAAGAUUCAGUGAUUGAAUCAAGUAUUGAAAUGUUGGAAAGACUUGGAGCUUUGAAUGAAAACGAAGAAUUAACAUCGCUAGGUUUACAUUUAGCAAAACUUGCAGUUCCACCACAAACUGGAAAAAUGCUUUUACUUGCUUCCAUUUUAAGAUGUUUCGAUCCAAUAACAAGUGUUGCUGCUGCACUUUCAUUCAAAUCGCCUUUUUAUAGUGUCAUGGGAAAAGAAGAGCUUUGUAAUAAUUCGAAGAAGAAAUUCUCAAAUGUUUCUGAUCAUUUAGCUGUCGCAAAUGCAAUGAAGAAGUGGAAAGAAUUAAAAACGGGUCAACAAAAGUUUUGUUUCGACAAUUUUCUCUCACAUACUACGAUGACGAUGCUUGAUCGGAUGAAGAGUGAAUUUGGACAGAAGUUAUGUGAUUCAAAGUUCCUUCAUGUGUCGAAAUGUGAUAGCGUUGUGAACAAUGUUAAUUCAAGAAAGUUAAAUAUACUGAAAGCUGUGAUUUGUGGCGGUUUGUAUCCGAACAUUGCUUAUCGAUCUGUUAAAGUUUCAAAAAAUCGAAAGCGAGAAUCCAUAAAGACGAUUAACAAAAACAGUUUAAAAUUGCUUCCAUCAUCUGUAAAUUGUGAUGAUUCUUCAUUCUACGAUUCGGGUUAUUUGAUCUAUCAUCAACUUAACAAAUUUACUUUUAAUUAUUUUCUGAGUGAAACAACCGCAAAUGUCAGUCCGUAUGCAAUUUUAAUGUUUGGUGAUAAAGUCACGACAUACACAAAAAAUGAUACAAAUUACAUUCAAGUUGGUGGAAUUGUUGAAUUCAAAUGUAAUCAAGAGACAGCUGAAGUAAUUGUCAGUCUUCGUGAAUGUUUCAACUCGUUGUUAGGAAAGAAAUUCAUAGAACCAUCGCCUGUUAGUUCACAAUCUGAUGAAGGAAGACUUCUCGAAGCAAUUUUAGAUUUGAUUUCAUAUCAAAGCUCGGCUUCAUUUGACGAUGCAUCUCAAGAAGAUGAAGGUGAAGACCAUGAAAUGGACAAUGAAUAAAUUUUACCUUUUUCGUACACUUUCAUGUAUACAAACAUUCUACGAUAGUCGGCAAAUGUCUGUAAUAAAAAAAAAAGUCUUAAAAAUC